UCGCGAGUCACCUCCGUUCACCUCGCCGGCUGCUCGGCGGUCCCGGUCGCCUCAGUCGGUUCUCCCGAGUCGGUCGAGUCGCGGCCUACCGCAGGGAGCGCGGCCGCAGUCGCCGGCCUCGCCGCGCGGGAAAUCCGCCCCGGCGUCGAGUCGCUCUCUCUCUCUCUGUCUCUCCCCCGAGCGCGCGUCGGUGCUUCUCUCGGCGCGCAUGCGCCCACCGCGUCGCCCGUCGGACUGGGCCGCGGAUCGGCGGCGAUCGCCGAUCGGUACGACGUCAUUAUGUCACACUCCCACGCGAACCGGCCCGCCAGCGGGAUCCUCGCUGCCUGACAUUUCCGCGAGAGCGCGCGCAUGCGCGGCCCGCUGCGACCCGCGGAGUUGUGCGAGACUAAACGGAGUGCGUCGUAAUUAGUGCCGAACUGACACCGGGUUUCAUCUAGCGAAUGACUUAACUAAUUGAAAUAGUAAAAAGAGACAAUCCCGGGUGGUCAUUUAUGUGUCGGCCGUCUCGUUGAAGCGCGCAAACUCGCGCUUUUCGGGCGCCUCGUGUGGACAGAUGUCAAAGGAGAGAACCAAAGGAGUGUUCACCUUGUGAAAUGGAUGGUACACCAAAGAUUAGCGAACCAGUGCCAAUAUAUGGAUGCCCAUGGGUGGAACUUGGCCGAGAUGUGUCAGCGUUAUCAUCACGCUGUACAGCCAGGAGGCCAGAACUCUUCGCCAGCUAGGGACCCCGGUGGCGUUAUCGUGCAGGGCUUAUCAACGCCCGCGCACGUCGACCAGGCGAACCCUUCUUACUCCCAUUACACGAUGCUGGAUAAUUAUGACAGGGGUGAGAUGACACCACCGCCUCCGGUGAGCAGCUAUGGCGGUUCUCCCGGACUUUUGGCACUUCAUUCUUCGUUAUACGCCACACCCACGUCGAGAAGUUAUGACAUCGAUUCCAACAUCGAUGCCAACGAGAGCUCGAUGCCCGUCGACGCUCAAAUCAUACCGAUCCCAGGGAUGCUGAGUGGGCCGGCGCAGCAACGUCUGGAAGACAUGUCGUGGUUGGCUUCUGGACCACCCCUGGACUAUCAGCAAGGCAUAACAGCGAUUCCCUCGGGGGUGAAGAUGUGCCAUCCUGGGAGUUCCGCCCAGAGGAGCCUCAAGGAGCAAAGGAUACGUCGGCCAAUGAACGCCUUCAUGGUCUGGGCGAAGGUCGAGCGCAAGAAAUUGGCCGACGAGAAUCCCGAUCUCCACAAUGCCGAUCUCAGCAAGAUGCUCGGGAAAAAAUGGCGAGGUCUUACGCCACAGGACAGAAGACCUUACGUAGAGGAGGCCGAGAGGCUGAGGGUCAUACACAUGCAGGAACACCCUAACUACAAGUACCGGCCUCGGCGCAGAAAACACGCGAAACGAGCCCCCGGGGCUCCAUCUUCGCCACCCUCGGCGACAAAUGCAGCAACCGGUAGGUCCAAUCCUGCCGGAGCUACGAUUCAUCAUUCCAUGUCCAAAAUGGACAGUUUCCAAGGAAUCCCCCAGAUCCCAUGGGGCGGCCACUCGCCGAUGUCAUCUUUAUACCAUCAACAGCAACAGAGCAUUCAGGAGUACAAAUCGGAAAACAAUUCUCUUUACGGCAGCCCAUAUACGCCGAUUAUUCAUACGCCGGAUAUAUCUCCGGUCGCCAGCCCGGAACCGGAUGGCGAUGGAACGCGUCUUCCUUCAUCCCAAAAUCCGGAUCCCGAAAGGGACCUUAUGGAAGGCACGUCCAAGCAACACGGGGAAAUGAACGAACAAGCGAAACGUUAUAGUUUCAUGAAUGCCGAUGGCCAAUUACAUCCUGGACACAGCGGUACAAGUAUAUCAUCCUGUCAAAAUACAGGCGGUUAUACGGAUACCUUGACUUACAAGAAGUCAGUGGGAUAUUUAAACUUUGAGAGGCAAAGCUCCAGCAUAGCAGCAGUCGGCAUAGCAAAUGGCAUGAUGGUUUCGUGCAAUAAAUUGCGCUCUGGCUUCGAAAAUGUCGGAUCCGUCACCGGCACCUUUUACCCACCUGUUGCGUCCCCUCAUGAUCAAUCCAUACAUUAUUCCACCGGUUCCCAAUCGACAAAGUCAGCUAAUUAUUCGAUGCAGUCUAACGUUGAGGGAAAUUACAACCCCUGUAGCAACAGACAACAGUCUAUCGGGAUGAGAGCCGCAGUAGAGGGUUGUUCCGGUGUGUCCCACAGGUACCAGAUGCCACAUCACCAGGAGUACCAGCCGGACUCGGGUCCAGGUCAGCAACAGGUGGUGAUGGGUCACCUGGACCCAGGGAUGACCGAGGAAGAGCAAGAGCAAGCCCUGCAGCUAGAAAAGUACUUCAAGUACUCGCAUCCGACCAGCGUGGCGCAUUCGAGCCUGACAUCCCAAAGCCUACUGGACAGCAAUCACAAUUACGCGAGCGAUUUGCGGUACUACGCGCCUCAACAGACCCAAUUAGACCUGUCGAGUACUCAGUGCAUAGUGGAGGACCAGAGCAAAGAGAACCAAUGCAACGUGGGAAUGGGCCACAACAUGGAUCAGUACCACCAGAGCAUGGAUGUCUCCAAGUACCAGGAGCAUCAUCAGCAACAACAGCAGCAGCACCAACAGCAACAACAAUCCCAACAGGCCCAGAACUUGGAACACGUGACUAAGCCUGACGAUGACUUUAGUGUGAUUCUGGCUGACGUUCGCAAGACGUGUUUCAGCAGUUAG